AUCUUGCGAAAUGCCACGGCCCAAAAGUAGCAGCGUGUGUCUCCUGUCGCUCGUGACGACGAUUUGGCGUGUGUGAGUCGUGUGUACGAUCUGUGUUCAUCGAGAUUCCCCCUUUUCUUUCCGCUCGACCGGCGGUCUAUCAUCCUACCAGUUUUUCUUCCGGUGUGUACGUGCGAACGGGACCGCGUGUGUGUCCGCAUGAGAGCCUGUAAUCCGCAUCGUUUCGAACGUUCACGUCGAUUGAGGCGGUGACGGCGGCGAGCGUAGCAGCAUUCGGGUGCGGCGGUGACGAUUCGUUCAGUUUUUUUUCACUACGAAGGCAGAAAAAACGGUAAAGUUAAAGGGACAGGUGAAUCGGUCGAGUCAAGCUUAACAGUGAAAGAGCGACAGAGAGAGAGAAAAAGAGAGAGAGAGAGACAUUGCGAACGGACAUCAGGGGAAAAAAGGUUACCUGACACGCGACAGAGACACGCAACGUAUACGUGAAGGGUGCGAGAAAGAGACACGCGAUCGGAGAUAGUGUUUAUAGCGCGUACACGCGAAAACAGCCGCGGUUUACAUCGCGCCGGGUUGAACAGUGAUUUUUUUCGCCGCCAUAUUUGUACCGCCGUCACAUGCAACCUGUUGUUUUCACUGCGUCCUCGUGUCGUCGCUGAGAUCGCUGCCGGAUAUAUACUUCGGCGAUCGUGUGCGUAACCGGGAAACGUCAAACGCGGGAGUUCACUUAACCUAACAUCGGACCUGGAGAGAACCGUCAACGUGGGGAUCUACCAUCAGGAUGAACGGGUAGGUCUAGUAAGCAAUAAAUUGAUUUGUGUUCUGUGCACGAAGGGAAAGUACGUGCGAAGAUUCUAGACAGUAUGAUGAUGGCAAACAUAUCCCCCGUUAUGCUGCCACCCCUUACCGACUAUGGGAUGCUGACUCCUACCCUCGGAAUAAAGAGGGGUAGCGACGAGCUUUUGUCGCAGAGCGGAGCAGUUAGCAAUGGUGCUGCAAUGAGUCCUCAACCACAUCACGCGGCCGAUAACAACAAUGACGCCAAGAAGGUUAAACUCGACAAGAGCCACAACGGCAAACUUUCGAGGGUUAUCCACAUCAGAAACAUCCCCAACGAAGUAUCGGAGGGUGAAAUCAUCCAUCUUGGCAUCCCCUUCGGCCGUGUCACAAACGUCCUCGUUCUCAAAGGGAAAAAUCAGGCGUUCCUGGAAAUGGCGGAUGAAAAUGCUGCAGCAACAAUGGUAAAUUACUAUGCCUCGUGCAUGGCCCAGCUCCGUGGCAGAGCAGUCUACGUUCAAUUCAGCAACCAUCGUGAACUCAAAACGGAUCAAACGCACACCAACAAUGCGAACUCGAACAACCAAGUCGCGCUUCCUGGACAGAAUCAAGUGGCUCAGACACAAGCAGAGACCCAAGGGGGGCCCAAUACCGUUCUCAGAGUCAUCGUCGAGCAGAUGGUUUAUCCAAUUUCCUUAGACGUGCUCUAUCAGAUAUUCACACGUUUCGGCAAGGUGCUGAAAAUCGUCACUUUCACGAAGAACAAUACUUUCCAGGCACUAAUACAAUACGCCGACAUGCUGUCAGCGCAAACCGCCAAACUCUCGCUGGAAGGUCAGAACAUAUAUAAUUCCUGUUGCACGUUGCGCAUCGACUACAGCAAGAUGCAGAACUUGAACGUGAAGUACAACAACGACAAGUCGAGGGAUUAUACCAACCCGUCUUUGCCAACUGGCGACGCGAAUUUGGACGCGGCAUCUCUUGCCUUGGGCGGCGAACUUCUUCCACAGUUGUUGAUGGGCGCUGGAUCGCAGCCACGUGCAAGAAUACCCGUAGAGUCCAUUGCAGGGGCACCGGGUGUGCUGCCCACGCCCUUUGCGGCCAUGCACGGUCUACCCUCGCCCUUAGCAGGCCCGUACAACGGGGUUCCACCUGCCGGCGGAUUGGCUGGCCUCGGUGGGUUCCCUUUGGGCGCAGCUGGCCUUGGGGUGCGCGUCCCCACCAACGCGCAAACCUCCGCUGUCCUGCUCGUCAGUAAUCUCAACGAAGAGAUGGUCACGCCUGACGCUCUCUUUACCCUGUUUGGCGUUUACGGGGAUGUACAGCGUGUGAAGAUUCUCUACAACAAGAAGGACUCGGCACUGAUUCAGAUGGCCGAACCGCAUCAGGCGCACUUGGCACUGACGCACAUGGACAAAUUGCGAGUAUUUGGCAAGCAGAUCAAGGUAAUGCUCAGCAAGCAUCAGACGGUUCAAUUGCCGAAGGAGGGCCAACCAGACGCUGGAUUGACGAAAGAUUACACCAAUAGUCCUCUUCAUCGGUUCAAGAAACCGGGCUCCAAGAAUUAUCAGAACAUUUAUCCACCAAGUUCCACUCUGCAUUUAUCAAAUAUUCCUACAACUGUGACCGAAGAGGAGAUCAGGGAUGCAUUCACCAAAAAUGGCUUCACCGUGAAGGCAUUCAAGUUCUUCCCGAAAGACAGAAAGAUGGCGCUUAUACAGAUGCCAAGCAUGGACGAUGCUGUAGCUGCUUUGAUCAAAAUGCACAAUUACCAGUUAAGCGAGUCCAAUCACCUGAGAGUGUCAUUCUCGAAGAGCAACAUCUAACAAGAGUCACAAUUAAGCAACCUGCAGAAACCGCGAUCAAUGAGAAGGGGACCCAAGGUGAUCCAAAAUUUUAAGUGAAACUCCCAAAUGUUAAAAGCGUUGAAAAAAAAAAACCUGUUAAAAAAACCAAAAAACCUGUGCGGACCAAGGAAAUUCGGGGUCUGGUUCGAGCCACGCUAGUAGACAAGAGUCUUAGUGUCUACAGAGGUUAUUAGGAGAUAAAUAAUUAAACAAGCAAGAUGCAAGCACGAUGCUACGUAUUGCUCGGAAGAAGGCGUUUGAAAUGGGCGGGUUUCAUCGGUUAUCCUCUCCUAUACAGACCAAAUAUCGAUCAAUCAAUCAAUAAAAAUAGGGAUAUCGGGCGAAAAAAGUCUGACACCUCACUCGCUCAAAUAAGAUCUUGCAUCUAAUGCGUUUUAUCAAAGGGGCGAGCAAAAUGGAAAACACACAAGGUCUUCACUUCCUUUAAUAUCUCCAAAAAAAAAAAAGAAAAGACUUUUUCCCUGCAACACGUGGUAUCUGUACUUUCACCAUAAUUGCAAACACCCACGCAAACACGGACAAACCAUCGCACACUAUGUUAUACACCCUGCAUUACAUUUCUUCAGACAUCCUUCGAACACACACACACACACACACACACACUGGAAAAAAAGAAAGAAAAAAAAGCAACAACAACAACAACACACACUCGAGCAAAAAACUUCAAUAUAAUAACAUAAUAUAUAUAUUUGAUAUAUCGCAAUGUAACAGGUGUGUCCAAAAGUGCGCAGCGGCUAAUACAUCCCAAUAAUCUAUAUUUUAUUAAUAACUGAUAAGGACUUAGGAUUAUCGACGUUAACGGUUUUCGUGGUAAUCGAGAGCUAGCAGAGAGAAAAAAAGAAAAAAAAAAAAUUAAUCUAUUACGAAUCUGUCGUGACACACGCGGUACAUAUACAUAUAUAUAUAUAUAUAAAUAUUAUAUAAAUUAGAGAAACACAGAUGAUCUGAGCACGACGAGCCGAAAGAACGAAAGAGAAAGAGAGAGAUAGAGAGCUCGUGAACACGAGAGAGAGAGAGAGAGACAGAAUGAAUGGAAGCGAGCGAAUGAAGCACACAAAAUCCAGGGAAUAUCCAGAGAGAUAAGUAUGAUGAUAAAUAUAUAUAUGUAUGCGUGAAUAAUCCUUCUGUUGAAAGUUCAGGAUAACGUUGUACGGUGGUUUGUAUGCCUAAUCGGGGCCUUAGGCGUCGUUCACACCACAAUUCACAAGGGAACCAGCUGUUUGUUCGAUUGUUCUUCGCCCAUAAAAAAAAAAAAAGAAAAAGAAAGAAAGAAAGAAAGAAAAAAGGAGAGAACGAUAGGGGAAGAAAGAUAGGGGACGAUAUUUCGCGCCUAUUUCGAGCAAGCUUUUCUCCACGAUGGCUGUUACGCGAAUUAUAUAUAUAAAUAAAUAAACGGCGAUGAAAAAGAGGAUCACUAAUUAACACGAUUUAUAGCAAGAGGAAGGAAUAGAGAAUCGUUGGACCGAUUCGAAAGUAUGUUUAUCUCUCGAGUGAUCUUCUUCUUCUUCUGCAUCUCUCUUCUCCUCUUCUAUGAUUUUUUAAAAAAAAAAAAAAAAAAAAGAAAAGAAAAUUUCUCUGUCGACGACACAUAUCAUUGUGUGCUUUUCCCUCGAAAAGAAAGCACCAUCGUGCUUUGGGCAUCGAUCCAACGUUUUCUCUUCUUUUGUUUUUCCUUUUUUUUUUCUCUCUCUCUUGUUUUCCAAGAGGUAUAUCUAUAUAUAUAUAUAGUGAUGCCUCGAGUUAGAUUUCGAUUCAGGAUAGCGAUUCGGUGUGCCUGUAUGAGUAUGAUUCUGUAAUCUUCUGCUUUUCUCUUCCACGGUCGCUGUAAUUGACAUGAUUAAAAAUGCUCGUCAGGGAAGAAACGUGAUAGAAUAUCGGUUUUCCGGGCGAAAGUAUCGGUCAACCGGGCUUCUAUCUAUCCUAUUCUAUUCGUCAAUUGGAUCAUUACGACGUCGAAUAAACAAUUGCGCCAAAACGCGACGAAAAAGAAAAAGAAAAAAAGAGAAAGAGAAAGAGAGAGAGAGAGAAGAAUAUUAAAGAGCAGCGCAUGAUGAAAGUAGCACUACAGCUGUGCUGGGAAGAGAAAGCUGAGAAAACUGAGCCUAAAAUAUUAAUUGAACGCGAAGAGUUUCUCGACGACCCCAUCGAAUUUCGAAGAAAAAAAAGAAAAAGAAAAAAAAGAAUAGAAAAAAGAAAAAUGGAAAAAAAGAAAAAAAAAGAAAGAAAACAGAGAGAAAGCAAGAGAUCAUCUCGAUGAUUCUUGCUUUGCUUGGGAGACAGUAAUUUGCGUUCAGUCGCGAGACACUAGAGCAUUAAAGAAUUUUAUCUAAGGAAUUAGUUGUUAAGUGGACGAAAGAAAAAAAAGAAAAAGAUUUAAAAAGAAUAAAAAACAAAACGUACGACAUGACAAAGAUGACAAGGAAACAAACGUGCAUACACACGCAAAGAGAGGAAAAAAGAACAUUUACAUUUAAACACAGUUCACACACACACAGUGUACACACGAUUUAGCGUGUUAGAGACUCGUGUAGUAGAGUCCCCUUAUCCCCCUAUACCCCCCCCCCUUUCUAAUUAAGCCUCCAGAUCUUAACGAGUACUAUAAUGUAUAGUUGAACUCGACAAUCACUCGACUCUCUGUAUUGAUAAUUCUCGAGGGGAGGAAACAAAAGAAGAUGGGAUGGAGAAAAGAAGGAAAGAUAGAAAGGAGAAGCAAGAGUGGAGAGGAAAGAUGAAAGGAUAGAAAAAGAAAAAGAAAAAGAAAAAGAAAAAAAAAAGGGUAUCCCUGAGCCUGAGUUGGAAAAAGCUGCUACUAUUUCUUGAGAUAGAAUUGUUAUUUCAAGCUAUCUGCCGGGAUUUUUUUUCGAGUUCACCAUUCUAUUUCUACUUCUUUUUCCUUCUUCGAGCAUUCUUCUCGCCUUUCUCAAAACGUCACUUUAAAAGGAAAGUGGGAAUUCUCUUUCGUUGCGCCACUUUUUCACGCCGUUCCUUUCUGCGAGAGUUUCUCUUUUGAAUUUGACCCUUUUUUUUUCUUCUUAUUUCGUUAGAAGUUCUUCCAAUCUUUCUACAAUUGUCAAUUUGAGAAUGGAAAAUAGUAAUCGUAACGAUCAGAUCCUUAAGUCAAUACGAAGAGGAAAGAAUUUUUCUGAAUGGAAAUGAGCGAAUGUAGAGAAAUGUUAAGCUUAAUAAUAGAAUGCGUUUUAUAUAAUAUAUAUAUAUAUAUAUAUGCAUAUAUAUAUUAAACAAAGAAAAAAAAAGAAAAAAAAGAAAAAAAAAAAAGAACAAAAAACGUGAGAUGAAAUAUUCUCUUCGCGUUAUAAAAGUUUCAAAAUGGAUGAAGAAUAGAGAGAGGAAGAAAUAGGAUAGAUCGUGUAAGAGAUUUUUUCACGUGAAAGAAUAUAAUCUUUAUAGUACGAAUUUCUGUUUUUUUCAAGAAAGAAUGACAAACCUGAGAAUAACCAUAAACAUAACACAUUUCUGAGGAAUGUAAAGGAAACAAGAAUCGUUCAACGAUCAAAUCAAAAGUAUACGUUAUUAUAAAAAAAUGAGAAGAGAUCAAAUUCUAAAAUCCGAUCGGAAGAACUUCUAAUCCUUUUCUUAGUGAGAAGAGAAAAAAGUAAAUUUGACGAUGAGGAAGAAAUGUAUCGAGUAUAAAAAAUCGAUUUUUAACAACAAAAAAAAAAUCUUUUCGUUUCGGAGACAGAAUUUGCUGCUAGAAAGUUUGUUAUCAAAAGUAUCACGAGAGAGACGAUCAAGGGAAUCGGAAUCGUGGGCCAGGAAUUGCGUUGCAAGUCACAAUCAGCUCGCGAGACAAAUCAAUUUUUUGCUUUUUUGUACACGGAGAUAUACACGUAGUAGAGAUACCGCGAUGGAUUAUUCGCGAUUUGUCCGAGCGAGCGCUUUAAAGGUUAAGCUGUUUCAUAGUAAGUUUGUCGUUAGGGGAAAAAAUCGGUUGUGUCACCCAGAAGACCCGGGAUGAUUAGUGAUCGAUGUCCACUGGACGAGGCAGAGGAAAACCCAGAGACUCGUUUUUCUCGUCGAUCGAUCGUCGUCGAAUCGAAUGUGUCUUUUUUUUUUUUUUUUUUUUUUUUUUUUUGGAACGAAAAUCGAUUCUCUUUCAUUCUCUUUUCAACCCUGUAGCUUUUUAUUAUUAUUCGAAUGGGCCACCCUUCUAAGAGUUGAUCCAACUCCUUGAUAGACACUUUAGAAGUAGUAGAUUUUUUUAACGAUCACGGAAUAUCUAUGUUUUUUUAGACGUCCGUUUCGUUUCGAAAACUGGAAACGGAUUUUGGAAACAAUGGAUCGUUUUUUGAGAUUUGAAGGAUUGAAAUUUUUCAUUUGAUCGAUCAGAUAUGGAAAUGGAAGUUUGAGCAAUUACAGUUGAGCUGGUUUAGCAGGAAGACCCGUUCCAGAUAUUAUUUUACAAAGAAUAUGAUUUUUAAAGUGAAAAUAAAAAUUUUUAAUCGAGUUAAUAAUUUUUUUUUUCUUUCGUUUGUUUUAUCAGUUUUACUUGACUCAGUGGAAGAAUUGAAAAAAUUGAAAUUUUAUUUUCGUUACAUUCACGAAGGAAAAUAAUGUUUUAGUCUUCCAUUCUCUUUCGUCGUGUUAAAGAAGUAAAUGAAAAAAAAAAAAAAAGAAUAAUUUUAUCAUUACGCUUACAAAUUUCUGUAUCUUUCGAAAUUUUCGAAAAGAUCUGGAAGGGUCGUCAAGAAAAACUCAAGAAAAUUCAUUUUCCAUCUCGAGUCGAAUAAAUUCCCGAAUGCGUGAACUAUUAAAAAAAAAAAAAAAGAAAAAAAAAAAGAAAAAAGAAGAAGAAAAAAAAAAGAAAAGAGGAAAAGUAAUAUAAAUCCAAAUUUAUAUUUAACGAGAUCGAACAACUCACGACAAUCAUUUUAUAUUUAAAAACUUAGACUUUCAGAGCCUUAGAGAACUUUCAGAGAAAACUUCAAGGAACGAGUUACCCAGCAUUAAUAGCCAAUAAAAACUUUAAUAAAAACUUAGAAUCCUUAGGAAACUGUUAAAAUCCAAACAAAAAAAAAAAAAAAAAAAAGAAGAAGAAGAAGAAGCAAGAGGAAGAUGAAAUAUCGAACCAAUAUAAUAGACUAAAUUAAAAAAAAAAGAAAAAAAAAAGAAGAAGAAGAAGAAGAAGAAGAAAGAAACUAUACUACGAGCAUACAUAUAAUUAUAGUUUAGAAACACAAUUAGUUCGACGACGAUCGAUAAUCUCCGCGAAGCAUUUAAGUACCUAUACACUUUUGCGCUCGCACCUUCACGUUUCUUCGCAUUUAAAUACACACGAAUACACACCACAUACACACACACAUAUACACAAGUACGUAUAAAUAUACGCAUUACACACCUGACCAUCUUGACAGAGACGCACACACCCAUAUCAUCACGAUCGAAUUUAUAGAAUAAAUAUCGAAACGGUGUAUGGGACACGUUUUACGAUCGCUCUUCCACGUGUCUUCUUUCGACACGACACGAUUUAUUAUUAUUAUUAAUUAUACACGAUUUACUAUUUA